AUGAUGAUGAACAACCACCAUCCGGCCGGCGGUGCCUCUGACGCCGCCGCGGCGUUAAAGGGCGCCAACCUCGCCUUCAGCAAGACGAAACCCAAGCCUAUUCCUCCCCCGAAACCGACCACCGCUACUACUACUACGAAUGCUGUUCGAGGAGGCAACCCCAGCCUUGCCGCCGCCUCCAUCGCCGACCGCAGCCGCAGCACGAGCCCGAUUCACCACCAGCAUACAGGUACGAGCGUCGCCACGAGCAGUUUCGGCGGCGGAAGAGACGGCACGGCGGAUAUGAGGGACAGGUUAUCGUCGUUCCUCGCAUCUAGCCCGUCUACGUCUACAGCGUCACAUUUGUCACCUCACACGAGACUGGAUCCGAAGAGUCCGAGUUAUAUCGCUGCCGCGCUGGCCGCCUCGCGGAGCGCGUCUCCUACGCCGCAGCCCCCGUACGCGAGCCCCUCCGCGUUGACGCCCGCUCAGCUGAAUCAGCUACAGCAGAUGCAGCAGAGUGCCAGGGCUAGCGGGCGGAGGGGACGCAGGGGUAGCUCUGAAGAGGAGGAGGAUAGUGUGAGCGGCAGAUCGGGUAUGCCUGAUACCACGUCUAUACCGGGCACAGGUCAUUUGAUUAGCAUGUUUGAGAGGGAUGACAACGUCGAUCCUGUCAAGAGGAGCGGUGGGGAUGUGCCCAGGGCAAAUACCAAAGCGAGGGGGAGACCUGGGUUGAGGUCGCCGACGCCCGAGAGGGAGAUGAGCCCUGCUCGAGCCAAGGCUGCGAGGAUGGGCAUUGAGGAAAAGGAGAAGCCUGUGAUUAAACCGAGACCGAUCACGCCUACGCCGGUGGAGAAAAAGUCGGAAGAUGUAGUCACGCCGCGGGUUAAGAAACCUGUUCCGAAGCCUACGAAGCCCAGGCCGAUUACGCCGGCGGCUGUUGAGCCGAAGAAUGGAGAUUUGGGGCCGCCUCAAGUGGACAAACCCGCGCCGAAGCCCGCAAAGCCGCCUUUGUCGCCGGCUAAGAAGCCGGUUCACAAGAGGGUAGAAUCGGAGCAGGCGCCGCAGACGAAGAAACAGGAUCGCGAGGGGCCGGCACUGCAGCCUGCUCCCGUCAUCUCCGAGAAAAGGUCAAUGAAGCAUCUCGCGUCGGUGCCCAUCACGCAGACCGAGGUCUCACAGUCCAAGAUCCCUCCCGCUGCCCCCGAACCGCGGAGGUCACGGCCAAAGGUGCAACAGGCCCCGAGCUCACCGCCUGUGGUCCGCCGGGUCCAGACUGAGGUUGUUUCCCCUCAGCCGAAACGACCCGGCUCCAAGGCCAAGAUCCGGCCGCCGACGCCCCCGCAGCCCCGGGGAACCGCUAGUAAAGCCAGGGAAUCGGAAGCUCCGCCAUUAACGAAGCCUAAAAGCAUGGCAUCGGUUUACGGCCAGGCCCCACUGCAAGAACCAUUCUUGCCGCGUCCCGAGUCUGAACCCCGGCCCUCCACUUCCGAUACAAGCUCGUCUAACGACACCUUUGUGUCGGCAUCAUCCGGUCUCACCGCUGUCCCUGACCCGAUCCCGAUUAAACAGCCUUCUCGCCAGACUCAUUCGUCGCUCAGCACACCCAGUCGGUCAUCCUUGAACAGCUCCCCCACCCGAAACACCCCGCGGCGCACCCCGGCGUCCUCAUCCACGAGUCUGCCGCUCAAUUCCCUCUCCAACGCAAUCAUGGCGGGCUCCCUCGCCGCGACACGCCUCACGCCCUCGAACACGGGCAACUCGGCGCUAUCUCCGCCCCCGCUCCCCAACCGCACGAAAUCCCCGCGGUUGCGCCAGACGCUCCGCCGUCCGCCGUCGAAAUCCGACGACGAAGACGAGAUUCGCAAAAAGAAGCACCAGCGCGCGAGCAACAAGCACUCACACGCCGAAGGUGCGCGCAAGCGCUGGCGCGACGAAAUUACGCUCCGUGAGCGGCGCCGCUACGAGGCGGUCUGGGCGAGCAAUCGCGGAGUCCUGCUCCCUUCGUUUGCGCCGCAGGCCAUGCAGAACGGGACAUCGCCGCCGGCGGCGGACGCCGUAGACUGCGUUGUCAAUAUCGUUGCGCGCGAGAUCUGGCGUCGGUCACGGUUGCCGCAGGAGGAGCUCGCUGAAGUUUGGGAUUUGGUUGAUCGCGGACAUAGGGGGAUGCUGAACAAGCAGGAGUUUGUGGUUGGCAUGUGGCUUAUCGACCAGCGCCUGAGGGGGAGGAAGAUACCGACGAGGGUGAGCGCCAGCGUGUGGGAUUCCGCGCAGGGGGUCAAGGUGCUUUCGCCCAAGGCCAAGAAGUGA